AUGUCAUCAUCAUCAACCGCACCAAAAGAAACUCCAACUAGAGGCUUGACCGGAAAAAUUUCAGGUCUUGACAUGUCCACUGCUCAAGGUAAAUCAUUAACUGACAAAUUGGCAGCUGAAGCAUUGGCUAAAGACGAAGCUCAAACUAUACACGAAACCAAAAACUCCUUAUUGAACAAACCAGCCACUGAAAAGGAAACCAAAGAUUACGAAAAGCAACUUGAGGCCAUGAAUGCCGAACAUGAACAGUUCUUGAGCAAACACAAAGUACACAGACACGAAUUGAAGGGAUUGGAAGCUGAAGAGCCGCUCUUGAAGGAAAACACGCGUCGUUACGUCAUGUUCCCAAUCAGAUACCAUGAGAUCUGGCAAAUGUACAAGAAGGCCGAAGCUUCAUUCUGGACCGCUGAAGAAAUUGACUUGGGUAAGGAUCUCCAUGAUUGGAGAGAGAAACUAAACGAUAACGAACGUUACUUCAUUGGAAGGAUUUUGGCCUUCUUUGCUGCAUCUGAUGGAAUUGUUAAUGAAAACUUGGUGGAAAACUUUUCUGCCGAGGUUCAAAUUCCUGAAGCCAAGUCAUUUUAUGGGUUCCAAAUCAUGAUGGAGAACAUUCACUCGGAAACGUAUUCGUUGUUGAUUGAAACUUAUAUCAAGGACCCCAAGGAAGCUGAUUUCUUGUUCAAUGCUAUUGAAACCAUCCCACAAAUCAAAAAGAAGGCCGAUUGGGCCAUCAGAUGGAUUCAAGAUAAGGAUGCAUUGUUUGCUGAGAGAUUGGUUGCUUUUGCUGCUGUUGAAGGUAUCUUUUUCAGUGGUUCAUUUGCAUCUAUUUUCUGGUUGAAAAAGAGAGGCUUGAUGCCAGGAUUGACCUUUUCCAACGAAUUGAUUUGUCGUGAUGAAGGUUUACACACUGAUUUUGCAUGUUUGUUGUUUGCACAUUUGCAACACAGACCAGACCAAAAAAUUGUUGAGAGAAUUAUUACCGAAGCCGUUGAAAUUGAAAAGGAGUUUUUCACUGAUGCUUUACCGGUUAGUUUGUUGGGUAUGAACUGUAAGUUGAUGUGCCAAUACGUUGAGUUUGUUGCUGAUAGAUUAUUGGUUGCCUUGGGUAACAAAAAAGUUUACAAUGUCACCAAUCCAUUUGAUUUUAUGGAAAACAUCUCCUUGGCCGGUAAGACCAACUUUUUUGAAAAGAGGGUUUCCGAUUACCAAAAAGCUGGUGUUAUGGCCAAGAGCGAAAACAAAGAUGCCAAUGCUUUUGCUUUUGAUGAAGAUUUCUAA